GCAACAACGUCCCCUCUCUCGUCACCUGUGCCCUCUUCUCCUGCGCGGCCACUCUUCCGCAUUUGAUUUUCGUGCGUCGUGCCACCAGCUGACCCGCUUCGACGUGCAGCUCGGGAACAACGAGCGCGCGCGCGCGCCCGGCAGUGUGUUUUCGUAUCUCUUCGAAGCCGGCGUGACACCGCCGCAGAACACUGCACCGGUUUCGUAUCCGACGGUGUACGACGACGGACUAUCGGUAAAAGCUUGGCGUGGCGCGCGUCUUAGUGCCUGAUGCUAGACAGGCCGUGAUCGAGUCCUUACAUAUUCGUCUGGUGCUCCCGUUUCAACGCUCGACAUCGUCGCUUGUUUGUCGAUCGAACUUUGAACCUCCGGUGCCGGCAUGCGCGCGCGCGCACUUCUGUGCGCCGAGGCGCUCGAAGUGGGUCUUCGUUCGUGCGACUGGUUCUGAGUGACACACAAACAGCGCGCGCCACUCGGGACUGAUUCUUCGUGGCGCGUGUUUUGUGGAAACGUCCAUCGCUGUGUUUCGAUGCUCGAUUGAUACAGCGUAUUUCGAGAGAAGGGUGCAAUGGCUGCCGUGUUGGCGACGGUGCGACCGCUGGUCUCCGAGAUGCUGAUACGCGUGCUGGACCGCAUCUCGGAGUUGCUGCUGUUCGUGGCCAACUUGACCCGGCGGAGGCAUCGAGUUCAGGGGACGCGCGACCCUUUGCUGCUCGCGCCGGCUGUGGUGCUGGCUGAUGCCAUACGACACGGUCGGGUGACCAGCGAGGAUGUGAUCGUCGCCUACCAGCGCCGCGUGCGCGAAGUGGACCCCGUGCUGAACGCGGUGGUGGACGAGCGCUUCGAGGCCGCCGUGGAAGAGGCCCGGGCAGCCGACGAGCUCGUCAGAAGGAGCUCGCCCGAAGAACUCGAGCGCACCAAGCCUCUGCUUGGAGUGCCUUUCAUCACGAAGAACUCCGUAAUGGUUAAAGGUUUAGUCGUGGACGUUGGACUUCCAGCGUGGCGGGGUGACCGUGCUGAGCGUGAUGCCGAGGCUGUGAGGCUGCUUCGGGAGGCCGGCGCCAUCCCGGUAGCCACGACGAACACGCCUGAGCUGUGCCUUUGGACAGAGUCGUUCAACAAGUUGUACGGACGCACACUCAACCCACACGAUACUCGCCGCGCAGCAGGGGGAAGCAGCGGAGGAGAAGGCAGCCUGAUCUCUGCAGCGGGUGCUCUCAUGGGCAUCGGUACCGACAUUGGUGGCAGCAUACGACUCCCUUCUACAUACUGUGGUACAUUCGGGCACAUGACCACACCUGGCAUUCUUUCCUACGACGGCCACAGACACCCGUUCAACGACGAGUUCAUGAAGCUGUACUCGACGGGACCCAUGACUCGCUACGCCUGCGACCUGCUGGCUAUGCUCAAGGUCAUGCUCCCACCUGACCAAUUGGCGCGUAUGCAGCUCGACAAAAAGGUUGAUCUGAGUGAGAUCAAGGUCUUCUAUGCGGAUGACGAAGGAUGCAGCUUCUUCAGCCGCGUCCAUCCCGACAUGCGCGAAGCAGUGCGGAAGGCGGCCAGUCACUUGAAAGAGCAGCACGGCAUUAGCGCGGAGCCCAUCAAGCUGGAGGCCCUCUCGUGCGGCUUCGAGAUGUGGCUGGCCAAGCUGAGUGCCUGCAAGGGCGAGCCGGCGACCCGCCUCUUCACCAAUGCUGACGGCCGGCCUAUCAACACUUUUGUCGAAACACUGAAAAUCCUCUGCGGAAGGUCAGUGCACACCUUUCCGGCCGUCUUGGUCACCGCAAUCGAGCGCAUGAUGCCCAAGCCCGACUCCGGCUACGUGCGGCGAUACUUGGCUAUGGCUCGGGACUUCCAGGAGCGCCUUCUAUCCUCGCUGGGCGAGGACGGGGUGCUCAUCUGCCCCGCGGCCCUGGGGCCGGCACCGUUCCACAACGAGCACGCCUUGCGGCCGGGGCACGUGUUGCUCACGGCGCCUGCCAAUUUGGCCGGCCUGCCAGCCACUGCCGUCCCGACAGGCAUGACGUCGGACGGUCGGCCAGUCGGAGUCCAAGUGGUCGCUGCCCCCUACAUGGACAGGCUCUGCCUCGCGGUCGCGGCAGAUCUCGAGGAGGCGUUUGGAGGCUGGCAGGCGCCUUUCGAGCUUGCCAGCCAGACCGCGAAACUGUAGAUAAAUUGCGGCUUGGUAAGACUGCAGCUUCUGAACCGGGAAUGUGCGGGAUAAACAAAGAGCCCGGUAUCAAACGCGAUUUUGAAAUGCGAGAAUCCUGACCGUGUACUUUUCACUCUUGAAAUGUAUAUUCACUGCUCUUUACUCUCAAUUACAUUGACAUUCGCAUGUCCCUGCAAUGUUUCGACUCUCUCGGGCAAAUCCUGAAGCUUAUGGGACUGUUACAACACAGUGUCACAGGCCCGAUGUAGUAUACAGCAAAAUAUUGUUGAUAUGUGCGAGAGCUUGGAAGCUAAGAAAAACGUGUCAAAGAUCCAAACUUGGGUGGUUGCUUAGAGAAGACCAGUUAUCUAUAUGCAACGUGUUUAACUUUCUAUAGAGAAAACAGGUACAGAUUGGCAGGUGACGCAUGAGUAAGAGUGGAAAAAUUGAGUGGGGCAUGAAGCAAUCUGGAUGAAUCAGCUGGGACUACCAGCAACAUUUUUUUUUUAAAUUUGUCGUGAUUGCGAUAAUAAUGUGCAGCGAUAAAUCUCUUCCGGGGACACGACGAGUUAGAUAUUAUCGCCUGUCUUGCAUGCGGAUGAAUGAACUGCAGUGCUACCGGAUGUCGCUGACCUCAAGUCUUGGAGCCUUUAUAAUUGUUUGGCUACACUGUGUUCAAUAUCGUAUGCUUGUAAUGGACAGCGUCACGUUAUAAAGACUGUAACGUUGCUGGAACUCGGCUGGAAUGUUAAUACAAAUGUUGUUUGGCCUAAACGCGGCGACUCCGAGCUUUCCGACGAGGCCAUGGCUGUAUAGACGUACCUGACUGCCUCUUCGUAUCUUGCAACGCAACAACGUGUUUUGAACAACUGAAAGGAGCCGUUGAACAAUUUAACGCAGCGAGAUAAUAUCAAAGAGGCACAACGCUAAUCCUUACUAGAUGGAGGUAUUCGUACUUCACGUGUGGGGAUAUAAAUAUCAUGAAAACGACAAGAAAACAAGUAAAGAGGAUAAAAUCUACAAAUAGCCGAAACCAUACAACGUACCUGACAAAAAUAUAGAAGUAGGUACAACAUGUUUAAGUAUAUCAGUGCAGCUUUUAUGACUUUGAUUGUGUACCUACUUCUGUCGCAGGUCUAUCGUAUCAGCAGUGCACAGAAUUCCGCUAUCAUGCGGAGCGUGUUACAUCGGGCAGACUGGGAGAUUCCUCAAUGACCGCCUGCGUGAGCACCCACGUAAUGUACGCAAUGGCAAUGAGGGUUCCUUGGCUCGGCAUGCCAGCAGCUGCAGUUACCAUGCGCAGUUCGAAGGCACAGUAGUGAUGCGUAAUCACAAAGAUGAGCGUACCCGUGUUAUCAUUGAAGCCGAGAAAAUGGCGCGGGAUCCUGACAACUGCCUUAGCAAACCGUCGGUUGCUCUCCUUGAUAAAGAGCUUCAGUUCCUGGCAAAUGGCGCGCAUGGCCAAUGAGUCUACUUUCUGCAUCGUGCAUCGAGUGUACAAAUUAUGCUUUUCUUUGUUUGUUAACAGCUUUCUUUUGAUCAUCUUUUUUUAUGUUUCAUUCCUAUAUAUGUAGCAUGUGAAAAAAAUAAACGUUCAGUUGAUAAUCUGCGCUUGUCUCCGUCUUCUAGUUGUCCGUCUUGUCUACCGCGCAGUAUACUUCGAUCGUAUCAGCAACGUAAGGUAGUGCAUCCGCACAGUGCAUGCAAACAUCGUUUAUACCGCAGUUAUCAAUUUGUAUAUUUCCUUGAGCUUGGUAAGGAAGCAUGAGACUGUCUCGAAGUAGCUAGUGCGCGUUGUAAGAGCGUGCGUGUGUUCUGCGCCACCGGCGCCGGAUGUAACAGCAAAGUCUCAGACUGCGUUGUAAUGCCUUUAGGUGGGCUUUGUAGCGUUCACAUUAUACAGGCGGUACGAGCAGGUGCCGCUGAGCUUCAGAAUACAGAAACCCGGAUUACCGAAGCAGCCACUUCGACCCUUUGAAUGGUG